AUGAUUUCUCAAUCGCCUGCUCCCUUCAUGUCCUUCAACCACAUUUUUAUCUAUUAUUUCGAACUAAGGCAUAACGAGAAUUAUGCUCAACUUCGCUCAUACAAAGAAAAGCUGUUCAAUAGCCUUAGUGUUGGUGACCAUGCUUGGAGUAUGGAUGUGCUAGAGAUUAGUGGAAGAUGGGAAGUUGAUGAGAUCACAAAAAGGUUUGAUCUUCAGUUAGACAUGGCUAAAGUUAGCCAAGCCAUGAACAUCCCUUAG